AUGGCGACCGAAGUCUUCAAAACCUAUCACGAGCAUUUCGAUUAUGCGGAAGCCGACCCAGACCCAAAGUAUGAAGUUUUCAACUGGGUAAAGUGGGUUGAGGACCAUAUCGCGUUGAAGCAGAUCACAAUCGCUGCACUGGACCCAACUAUCUAUGCUACGAAAGUCCAGGCCACAUUCGAUGCCCUGAUUUUGGCGGAAUGUCCUCCGGAAGCAGCGAAAGACUUGGCUCUCCUUGCUCUAUACGACCUGGUGGUGUUGCUGGAUGACAGUACUUCGAUGGACUACGACGACAUCCCAGAAGGCCAAACGGGCGGCGGCGGCAAUGGACCCCGUAUAGCAACACUCAAGAAGGUCAUGAAGGCGGUCGGCGAGGUGUACACCCAUGCAAACGUAGACGGAGUCAACCAGGUAAAGUUCCUGAACGUGGCAAAAGGCAAACUCAACGUCACCGGGGACAAGACGGGGUUCCUGGAUACUCACAAGUGGGGAGGAGUGACGCGCAUCGGAUCCGAGCUCAAAAGAAAGAUUCUGGACCCGCGGGUAUACAGCAAGACCGCGGAUGUACCGAUGACUAAACCACUGCUCGUGGUUGUCAUCACGGAUGGAACGGUUGAGGGCGAACAGAAGGGUUUAUUGGAGCACACCAUCAUUAGUUGUGUCGCAGCCUGCCAGGGUGAUACUGCUAAGGGCAGGGGCGCUGUCGCAUUUCAAUUUGCGCAGGUAGGGACAAACGUGGAGGCGGCAAAGUUUCUCCGCCGGCUCGGUACCGACCCAAAGACGAAGGAUUACUGCGAUUGUUUGUUAGAAUCAACGCUAGAUGCAAUCACAGACGAUACUCUGAAGUGGGAAAUCGUGCCGCAAUUACUUCUAGGCGCGAUCAGGGAUCAGGUACGUGGUUUCCUCGAAGACGCGCUCGAUUCCAUGAGUAUCCGUGAGCUAAUCCUCAAACAGUGGAGGAACCAUUACGUACCGCUUCGGAUUAAAGGCGAGGCUCUAACUAUUGACCACGAGAGGGAUCUUCCUGAAUAUGGCGAGUUUGAUACUGAGGAAGCUGAUGAUGAAGCUUGA